AUGUCAAAAGGUCGAGUGCCAUACACUGAUGACCAAUUGCAACGUUUAGAAAAAGAGUUCGCCAUAAACCCGUAUCCAGUGUUAGAAAGAAGGAGGCAAUUGGUCCCGGAACUGAAAUUAACCGAGAAACAGAUUAAAAUCUGGUUUCAAAACAGACGUGUUAAACAACGAAGAAGUAAUUGGUUUCCUGAUUUGCAAGGUAUGCAUUCGAUGACCCAUUUUCUCCUCGAUGCCAGUCCCUACAUGGCCAAAAAGGGUCGAAAACGUUUCACCCCGGACCAAAUGAAAGAACUCGAAAAGGAAUUCGCACGGAAUCCGUAUCCGUGUCCUCUACGUCGUUCAGAAAUUUCACAGAAGCUCGAAAGUACGCCGUCUCAGGUGACCAUGUGGUUUCAAAACAGAAGAAAGAAACAGAAAAAGGAUCGCAGAGGUACGAAGAUUGAUCCCAAGUCACAAAAUGAUGAGGACGAAGCCGAAGAAACGAAAGAGAAAGAACUUUCUUCGUAA